AUGCCAUCAGAACAUGCAAGGCUUCUUCGGAGGCCUGUGCCUCCUAAAAAGAUUCCCCCCAUUGUGAAACCACUUCUUCCGCCUAUACUUUCAGGUAAGUUAAGUUACGUUAUCUUCGUUGAGCAUGUCUCAUUGCACAGAAAUGAACUGCAGGAAGCAUACAAUUCGUAUCCUUCUUAAUCUAGGCCUAUGUUUGAUGCAACUGUUAAAGUGUCAUGGGAAGCUUGUGAUCUCAUUUGUAUUUGUUUUCUCCAUGUACAAUCAUAGACUCAUUGCCAUCAACAGAGAGAAAGGCUCUGAAGGACAGUGCCACAGAGGGGAGUGAGUCGCGCUGCCACGCACUUCCUCUUUGGGAUUAUGACCCUGCAGCCUUCAGAGUGGCCCCCACUCCCCUGACCUCAGUCCCAUCGAUGCUGAUGCCUAAAAUAAUCAAGGGCUUCUCCUGUAAACCCCCAUUCACCCUCCCUAAAAUCCCCCUCCUCGACCGCCUCAAGACAGACCCCAGAUGCAUCCCUUCUCACCCUACCUUUAGCUUCAAUGACUUCCUGCGAGACCCUAAUGGCAGCAGUGGGCCCCAGUCGCUGGAGGGCCUGAAGAAAGUGGCUCUGUCUCACUGCAACUACAGGAAGCUGGUUGGGUUCUUCCUAAUGGAGCUGCACAAAGGGCAGCAGGCUGAGGUGUCCAAGCAGCUGAUGUCCACUGAGAAAGUGCCAGAGGCCAAGACCAGGAUCCCACAGAGGCAGAUCAAAUGUGAUACACACUGUAUAUAAUAUGUUAAAAGAUGACCUGCCAUUGUAGUAGGCUAGAGUCCAGAUUGUGGUGUUUUCAUUAAGCACCAGUACUAGUGUAUUAUUUAGUGAGUAUUGUGUGACAAGGAUGCUUGCUUGUGUAAGUUACAGUGGUGUACUGUUUCUUCAUGCGUAUUGUGUGUGUUUUAGUAUUUGCUGUGUGUGUGUUAUCUGAUAAAAGCUGACAGCAUUGAUCCGUAUGGAGUUGCAGGCUCAGAUGAUAUGUCGGCGGAGCUGUCUGGGAGAUGGGACUUGCAGGUCUGAUCAGAAGUCUGGAGAUCUGGGUACCACCAGGGGAAAGAUAAUCUGUUCAGAAGCAGGCAAACGUAUACCCAGGCAAGAACAUGUUUGCCUUCUCACUUACUAUACCAUAACCAACACUACAUAACCAACCCUCUUAAAACACACCUUUUUAGCUUUGCUUUUCCUUAGGGUGCUUUUUAGUCGUUCAGUUUUGAUUUGUUAUUCUUUUGUUUUUUAUCGUCUUAUGUUUGUGUAUACUUUUUAUUUUAAUAGUUUUUAUUGUUUUUUUCCCCCUGUGAAGCACAUUGCGUUGCAUUCCAUGUCUGAAAUGUGCUAUAUAAAUAAAGCUUGAUUUGAUUUGAUUGUUGAGUUGUUUGUACAAAGCCAAGCUCUGUUUUUCUUGUAGCAAAUAAAUCCACCUUUCCUUUGAGCAGGAACGGAGAUGAUCCUGACCAAGCACUUUCGGUGCUCUCGGCGGACCCACUCCCUGUUCAGGCACUCUGGAGAGGCCAUCAGCCCGUCUAAGCUGGCCAUACUCGACUGUCUGAUGGAGGGGGCAAGGCAUUCACCUUGAAGGUGCUGUGUGUUGUUGACUGUGGGUGUGUGUCCUUUGCCAAUUAUUUAUAUAUUAUUUUAUUAUUUAUUCCUUAUGCAUUGAAAGCCUUUGUUGUCAGAGUCUUUGCAGCAUAAUUGAGAGAGCGACAGAAACACAGCCAUCCUUUGUUCGACCUAACAUUAAAAGGAAAUAAAACAACAGUCACUCAAAUAUAGCAUAGCAGGAAGUAGAAGAGGAAUAUGUGAGCUAGAGCUCUUUCUCUCUGAACCUUUACUGAGGGAUUUACAGUGUGUUUUCUCAGGCCCACUUCAUCGCCCUGCUUCCUGAUCUGACUCCUCUGGCCCAGAGCCUGCUCUACCUUAACCUGUCCUUCAAUGACCUCACUAUCUUCCCAGUGGUGAGAUCCCUUAUGAACUGACACAAACCACAAGCAUGUCAUACCGAUAUACUGGGGUUAUUUUAGAGCCUAUUUAUCUGAAAAGGGUCUUCUGAAAGCAUGUCGCAAAAUGGCACUGCAAUUCCAUGGCAAGACAACUCCCAUGUCUCUGGGAAAUAUGUAUAUAGCCAAAUAUUUAUUCCCCCCUCUCUUUAAACAGGUGUAUGAGCUCACACAGUUGGAGGUGCUGAAGAUGAGAGACAGCCCCAUAGAGGAGAUUCCAACCGGCAUCCACAGACUCAACAGGUUCAAGACCUUUGUCAUCUCCUUCUGCAAGAACACCUCCCUGCGGUCUGAGUAAGAGCAACAACGGGGCACUACAGUUUUGGGAACCUGUUAUAUACAGUGUUAUAAACCUACCCUGCUGUCAGAAGUCUUUGUCGGUGACCCAGAUCUGAGUCCUGUGCUGUCUGUCCUACCUACAGGCUGUACCAGCUGCCCUCUCUGCAGUUUCUAGAUGCCUCCUACAACCUCCUCUCAUCCCUAACCAAUGGCAUCAGAAAACUCCGGUACAGUCCAGAGAAGGCAGUAAGGCUGCAAAGACCAUAAUAUAGAGCUUUUCCCAAGGUCUUACAUUGUAUGGGGGUAACUCAUCCAUUCCACCACCUUUGUAUAGUACCAACCUUGUGUUAUUAUUGAAAUGUAAGAAAACACCUCUGGCUGCAGGACUCUGGAAGAGCUGCAGCCGGAACACCCCCCAAGAGCCGCAACACUCAGCCACUAUGGCCCUUUCUCUCACAGACCGCUGCCUGUUACAACAUCUUUGGACUACACAGGUUGCCCUUCAUCUUCUAUGCCUGCACCCCAGCCUGCCACUGGAACUUCAAGAACCAGACCGAGAGUCUCUCCACAAAACUCACAAUAGUGAACAACAAACAUAACUAUGAAGGAACUAAUACUGAGGCUACUGUAUCUUGGCCUGAAUAGCCAAAUACCUCUAUCUCAGAUCUAACUCAUCAGCACUAAUCUUGUGCCAAAUUUUAACAUUCCCAGUACUGGUGUCAUUCUCUUUAUGUAGCCUUGAGUAGUUGUCUGAGUAGUUGUCUGAAUAAUGUGUAUUUUGCACAGCAAGUGUAUGUGAAUAUUCCCACACUUAUGGCACUUUUUAUGUCUUUAAAAUGUCCAUUGACCUCAAAUUAAAAACAAAGUCUCUCUAAAUACUAUUUUUUAUUUUCUGAAUACUAAUUAGUUGUGUUCAACUACAUAUUUUAGCCAUCAAGUAGUGUAUCGGUUUAAUUCUGACAUCCUAUAUAAACAACGAAAUAUGGACCAAUCACAGACACGCACCUCAACAGCCAGCUCGACAACUACUUCCAGUGUCAAAGUUUGUGUUGUGUUGUCAAGAUGUCUGGCCAUGAUCGUCAUCAUCUGCCUCUGUGCUUAUGCGACUUCAUCAGGUAAUAAUCAUUGAAUAAAUGAUGCUGCUUUGUUUCUAACACCUGGCGUAGUAAAUGCAGAUCGUAGUUAUCUUGACAACAGAAACUGGCUAUAUGAAGAAAGAACAAGUGACAGUCAUAGAUAGUAGCCAUAUCUAUGACUAAUAAAAUACAUUUUACAAUCGGAGUUCUUUGUAUCGACAUGACAUUGUCAAAUACUGGAGUUAAAUUCAUAGCUAGCUAGCUACUGAGAACCAGUCAGUAAGCCACCAUGGUGUUAUAAUAAAUGCACUGUUGGUUAAGGGCUGUAAGUAAGCAUUUCACUGUAAUGUCUGCACCUGUUGUAUUCGGCGCAUGUGACCAAUAAAAUUUGAUUUGAUUUGAUUUAUAGCUAGUAGUAUAAUUAUUAUUGUCUUCAAAACAGAUUACUAUGGUCCAUGGUGCUGCCAUGCGUGUAUCUGAGCUUGGUGCUGACGCUGCUUCUGUUUCUACUCGUCAUGGGGGUCCGAAUGUGGCUGCAGAGGAGUCGGAAAGCCCGCCUGGCUCAGGACAGCUCCCCAACGGUGGCCUUUUUCCACCCCUACUGCAAUGCAGGAGGGGGCGGGGAGCGUGUGCUCUGGUGCGCCCUCAGAGCGCUUCAGAAUAGGUAGGUUUACACUGUCUGAGCCUAUAUUUAGAUUUCAAUGCAUUCAGUGCUCAUGAGCGUCAUAACCUGUAUUUUCCAUAACUUAAUCUCCUGAUAUGUUGAGUUAUGUGUCUCUUCUGUGUCUUCCCUCCUGUAGAUACCCAAAUAUCUCUUUCGUUGUGUACACCGGUGACCAAGGUGUGACGGGGGAACAGAUUCUGGAGGGCGCCCGACAACGCUUCAACAUCAGGCUGCCUCGUCCAGUGACUUUCAUAUUCCUGAAGAACCGUCUCCUGGUGGAGAGUAGCACCUACCCCCACUUCACCCUGCUGGGGCAGAGCAUGGGCUCCAUGUUUCUGGGCUGGGAGGCCCUCACGUCCUUCGUACCAGACCUCUAUGUGGACUCCAUGGGCUAUGCCUUCACUCUGCCUAUCUUCCGCUACUUUGGAGGAUGCAGGGUGGGCAGCUAUGUGCACUACCCCACCGUCAGUACUGACAUGCUUUCUGUAGUGAGAGAGAGGAACCCCACGUCAGUACUGUUUAUUUUAAUUACAAAGCAUAUCCAGAGUGGCGCAGUGGUCUAAGGUAGCUGUGCCACUAGAGAUCCUGGUUCGAAUCCAGGCUCUGUCGUAGCCGGCCGCGACCGGGAGACCCAUGGGGCGGCGCACAAUUGGCCCAGCGUCGUCCAGGGUAGGGGAGGGAAUGGCCGGCUGUAGCUCAGUUGGUAGAGCAUGGCGUUUGCAACGCCAGGGUUGUGGGUUCGUUUCCCACGGGGGGCCAGUAUGAAAGAAUAAUAAAAAAUAAUGUAUGCCCUCACUACCUGUAAGUCGCUCUGGAUAAGAGCGUCUGCUAAAUGACUAAAAUGUAAAAUAUUGAUAUUGUUAUUUAUUGUGAUACAGAAGAUAAUGUGCUCUUUUUAAUAGUGUGGUUGAUGUAUUUUUUUUAUAGGCCUAGUUAUCAAACCUCUUAUUUUCCUCUGCAGUAUUUGUAAUCAUCCACUCCCUCCUACAAUCCCAACAGGUUCAACAAUGCAGACUACAUCUCUACUAACCCUGUCCUUAGUACGGUUAAGGUGAUAUACUACUGUGCCUUCGCUCUGAUCUACGGCCUAGCUGGCUCCUGCAGCGACGUCGUCAUGGUCAACUCUACCUGGACGCUGGGCCACAUCCUGGCUCUGUGGCGCGCCCCCAGCCGCACCAGCGUGGUCUACCCGCCCUGCGAAGUCCGUUCCUUCCUUGACAUGCCAUUGGAGGACGAGGUGGAAGGGGAGGGGUUUGGAGACAGUAAGUGCCAUUCGAUAGUGUCUGUGGGUCAGUUCCGACCAGAGAAAGACCACCGGCUACAAAUAAGGGCGUUCCGGAAGCUUCUGGAGAGGAAAGGGGCGGGCCCGGGAGGGCGGGAGUCUCUGAGGCUGGUGUUGAUUGGUGGCUGCCGUAACCAGGAGGAUGAGGAUAGAGUGCUGAUGCUAAGGGAGUUGUGCCAGGAGCUGGGUGUGACUGACAGGGUGGAGUUUAAACUCAAUGUUUCCUUUGAGGAGCUAAAGAGGGAGCUGGUGGACGCCACCAUUGGCCUGCACACCAUGUGGAACGAGCAUUUUGGCAUAGGUAUUAAUCUUAUAUCUACCAUCUUAUUAUCUUCCGUUUUUUAGACAAGUAUUGUACAUUCCAGACUCCUGAUCCCUGUCCCCUCUUCUCUGCCUUCUCUUGUCUCAGGUGUCGUAGAAUGUAUGGCUGCAGGGACAGUCAUCCUGGCUCACAAGUCCGGCGGCCCCAAGCUAGACAUCGUGGUUCCCUACGAGGGUGGACAGACUGGAUUCCUGGCUGACAGCGAGGACAGCUAUGCCACCGCCAUGGAGACCAUCCUGACCCUGUCGUCGUCGGCACGGCUGGAGAUCCGGCGGAACGCCCGGCGGUCCGUAGACCGUUUCUCCAACCAGGAGUUUGAUGCUAGCUUCCUGUCUUCCAUGGAACCUCUGAUUGGAACACUGCAGCGAUGA